GGAAGACGUCCGAUUAUGACGUCAAAUUUUACCCCCCACCCCCCCCGUCCGCCAUUUUGAAUAACUUCAAAAUUUUGUUUUCGCUAUAUCUCAGCCGCUAUUAUAGGUAGAGGUCUGAAAUUUUGAUAUGUUGUAGGGGCCAUCAAGAGCUUUCCAACGAUGCCUCAUUUUCAAAAAUCGGUCAAGCCGUUUAGUCAAUAUGGCCGCCACAAUUUUUCAUCGAAAAUCGACCAUAACUCGAAAACGGCUUGACCGAUUUUGAUCAACCCGGGGUCAAAUGAAAGAUCUCCACAAACCCUACAACUCUCUAAAACAUCCGAAGUUUCAAAAGUGACCGCUAGGGGGCCAAAAACCAAAAACAAAAUUUUCGAUUAGUUUUCGAUGAAUAUCUCGAAAACGGCGACAUAAAUUUUUUUCAUUUUUUGAUAUGUUGUAGCUGACUAUAUUAUCUAGCUCCAUGCCAAAAAUGAAGAAAAUCUAUGGAUCCGUUCUCGAGAUAUAGCCUUCCAAAGUUGGCAUGUCAUAUCUCGGGUUCUACAAGUCCGAUCUUGAUCAACUCAAGCGCAAAUGAAAGGUUUCGAGAAACCCUACAAAUGUCUAGAACAUUGCAACUUCGAGAAAUGACCGCAAGAGGCGCUAAAAUCAAAAACAAAGUUUUCGAAAAUUUCGAACUCGAAUUUUUCGAAAAUGGCGACAUAAAUUUUUUUAAUUUUUCGAUAUGUUAUAGCUGACUUCAAGAUCUUUCAAACAAAAAAAAAUUUAUGAAAAUCUAUGGAUCCGUUCCCGAGAUAUGGCGUUUUAAAGAUUUCUUAGGGAAUGACUUUUCAACUUUUCCCGACUUUGCGCGUAUUUAAAUUAAUUCGCGUUCUAGUUUGCUCUCACAAAAUUGGUACACUGAAAGAAACACAGCUCUCGUAAGCUUGGUCAGCUUACCAGUACAUUUUUUACCCAUUUUGGAAAAAAAAUCUUUGUUCAAUUCUUAAUUAUAAAAUCUCUUUUAUCCAUAAAUUUUUUUAAAGUUUCUUUUUAAUUUAAUAAAAAUUCUGAAGAACCCUUCAAAAUCAAGCGUCUGAAAGACGAUUUAAUGUCUGACAACUAAAAAAUCUAGUCUAGACUUUAACCUUAUCUUUUCCUUUUAGUUUUUAUCAAACUCUAGGUCUCUAUAAGAUUUAUUUCUUAGAACUUAAAACUAACUACAUAUUUUCAUCAAAAGAUAUUAUAAAUUAACGAUUUGUUCAGUUUUCCAUAAAAUUUGAUCCAUUUGAGAUUAAAUUUUAUUUUUAAGCUUUCUUCAUACAGUUUGGUUUAAACCUAAUUCUAGUUAAAUAAUUAAUACAUAAUAUUAAGAACUUUAUAGUAUUGAGAAACAUUGAGGGACAGAAGGUAGUAGACACGAAUGCGCAUAGACAGCUGUGUAAAAUAUGACUUUUUCAUGGGUCAGGGGGGGGGGCUUUAGUACACAAAGUCCGUGUGUAAACAAGUGUAUUGCGAAUCUGGAGAGCUUAUAAAUAUGCUUCUGGGGGAUUGUCAUUCUCUCUCUUUCUCGCUCUCUGUUUAAUCCCCGGUGUCUGUAUGCGUUGCAUGGAAUGAAGCAAAUGAGUAAGAACAUGAAGUGUGAUGCAUAUAAUGAUACUAACAUAAUGCUCUAUGCUCGUGUGUUGGAAGAAGAUGACGACAUAUGUUUUCAGGGGGUGUACACGAGAGGGACUAAUUGACUUCUAGUAGGGCUUGAAUGGGAUAGAGAUUGUUGGAACAUGAUAAGAGGGACCAUCAAUGUGUAAUUUUCGUAUUAAGAACAAAUAUGAUGGCUUUAAUCAAAUUCUAUGUUGUAUGUCGUGUGUCUCAUUCUAAUGCUUCGAAGGUGUUUUUUCUCUCUCUCUUUCUCUGGAAAAUAUCUUCUAACCUUGUCUUGCUUUUGAAUUUAAUAUGUAUGACGGGGUGUUGAACAUUAUUUAUUUAUAUCGUUUAAAGUAACAAAAUUUUCUUCCUUCUCAGUAUGUACAUAAGUGGUUCAUGUUAUCUUUUACAACAUAAAAUCUAUCUCUUUUUCGCAUUCGAUAGCAUUUUUGUCUAAAUAUUUACUCUCUUUUCCAAUAUAAACUUCUGUUGGCUGGAAGGUGACAGAGAGUUCUUCUGUAUGAAAGAUCCGAAUAUUAUGGAGUUAUGUUGUGAGUAAGAAGUGGAAGAGGGACAAGGAGUUUGUGUGUGGAAAGAAGGGUUGAAAGAACUCUACCGAGGUUGUCAAUUUUAAUGUAACGUACAAUGAUGUUGUUGUACCUACAUAUUUAUGUGAAAUGGAAAAUUUUUUAUCGUACAAAAUGGGGUAGAGAGAGAGAGAGAUGAGAUUGCGAAUGCAGGAAGAAGAAGAAAAAAAAGUGUAAUGAAAAGUUGGUCAGUCUUUCUAGGAAUUAAUGAGCAUUAUGUAUAAUUAUUUAUUCCUUAUACAUUAUGUAUGUAUCUUACCUAAUUGUCUUGUUGUCUUUUUCUUGCAAAACAAAUUUUUAUCAAUGAAUUUAUAGGGUUGUCUCUGUUUGAAAAUCUUCGUGAUAUACUUUUAUUACCUUCUUGGACAUUUUUGCUAAAAGUUCUAUCUUAAAUACAUACAUAAAGUUCCUUUCCUUUUUUUUGGAAAAGUGAAAAAUGGGAAGUUUGUUGAGAAAAUACAUAUAUACCUACUUGAGAAACAAUUAACAUUAAAUUGUUAUAUAAAAUAUAUUUGUAUAUUUAGUGAUAAGAUCGGUGUGAUAAAUCAACAAAGACCUAAUAGGAAUUUUCCAUUAUCAAGUCAGAUUAUAUUAGGAAAACUUAUCACCUUUGUUUGAAGGUAUAGUCAAGGAUUAGAUUUCGAAAACCUAAAUUUCCUGUAAAAUUGUAUUUUGUGGGAAAAGGGUUGAAAAAUUGCAUUCUAGAAUCCGUUAUCGGUAAUACUAUAUCCGUUUUAAAAAAAAUUUAAAAGUCUACGUCUAAAAUAUUUAUAAAUCAAGAAAAAUUAUUCAUUUUAAAGUUGGAUGAAGAUGAUACAAAACUUAUGGAUAAACUGCAAAGUAGACAUAUAUACAAUAUAUUCAUAAAUGUACAUAAAUGGUGUAGGGGAGGUAUUACACAGCUCAUCCGUAUUCAUAUACCUAAUCCCUACUUAAAUCAAUAUCCGACUCCCGACUUUUUAGACAUAUAGAUUGGAAUUCUUGAUUCAGAGUGAGACAAUUCAGCUAGAUUUAUCUACAUACAUACAUUUGUACAUAUGUACAUAUAUGUAGCAUAGUCUAUACUACUAAAUAGUUACAUAUGUACAUUGAAAAAAAUUGUACUACCACCUACUCAACAUACAAUCAAACAUAACUAUGGGUGUAUGUUGGGAAGUCUACGCAUACAUUAGCGUACAGGUUGGUGGUGUUUUUGAUACUCUACAAUACUAAAUUGGUGCAAGAUGUUGGGGAUUAUGGGGAGACGUUUACAAUGGUGUUUGUAUGAAACAUUGCGGAUAAUAUAUCCAUUUCAUUCUCACAUCAUAGCAUGUAUGGAUGGCAAUGUAUGCUACAUAUACAUAUGUGGUGGUAGUCUCCUCAAUGACUUGGAUACACACCGCAUAUUGUCGAUCACUUUCAGAGACUCUUCGGCAUUUGGCACAGAAGCAGCAGCUUUUUAGAUCGUUCGCCCGAGAGACACAGACGUUGUGUUGGGUGUCGCAUAAGAGUCAACUAGUGCUUACGGCAUCUUGCGUCUCAUACUUUGUAUGGUAUAUACAUAUAUAUACUUUCUAUAUAAUUGGGUGGGACGAGACGUUGUCGGUAACUAGACAAAGAGACUUGUGGGAAGUUUACUGGGAGGUGAACAAGGACGGAAGUUGCUGUUGUUGCCCGUUCUCUAAACAAAUACGAUUAAUUGAUUUAAUGAGUGUGGUGUGUGUCAGUGCAAAGUGGAGCCAUACUACCCAUUUGCCAUUCAGCGUAGUGGAUGUGUUUUUGUUUUCAUCCCAAAAGACGUCGUGUGGGUGUUAAAAGGUGCGAGAUAACCAAGUUGGUUAAGACGACGACGACGACGACAUCCCAAAAGGUGCAUAACUUAAACACCCGGUCACCGGCUCAGAAGCACGAAUACCUUCGAAAGAGAGAAAAAAAAGAAAAAUCCAGCCUUUCUAUUGGAGUAAGGGGGACAGAUAGAGUUGGAGGUGAUUUGGUAGUGAGGGAGCCCCCUUUUGACUGUGGGGGAUUGUGUACAUGACGGAGAUGGCACUACUUGGCUGUGUUUCGCAAUCUCGAAACAGUUAGAGGAGGAAAAGCGGAGGAGCAGCAGUGUUCGCGUAUUAAAUUGUAUAAAUGUCGUGAGUUGUGUGUUGUCGUCCUAUUUGUACCUAAAUGGUUAACUAUUGCAUGUUAAACUGUGCGACUGAGUAGUGGGGCGAAGACUGAUGGACUACUGCUGCACUUGGUUAUAAGUUCACCUGAUUCUGCUGACGACACUUGGUGCUAUUAUUUAACUAUACAUACAUUCAUCGUGUAAGACAUCAGUUUUUUGAAAUUUUGCAAAUAGAAAGGAAUCUUAUUAGGAAUCCAGGAAAAAUCCAAUCAAGAAAUUAACAUUGGAUGUAUUGAUGUGAGGAAUUUAUCCCUGAUUGGAGUUGGGGUAUCUAUAUUGCUUAAAUGAAAAAAAAUAAUUCAUUGACGACUGUCUGUGAAGCGGAAGAGACGAAAAAAGCGAUAAGAAUAUAAGUGUGUGUUGUAUAUAGGAUAGAAAGACGUCCGAUAAUCGUGGGAUUUGUUUAUUGGAGAGACACACUUGAGACAACGACGACGACGACGACAAAUGGAUGUCUGAAAGCGUGAAAUUGCUCAAAGAAAAAAAAGAAAAGAAAAAUUCACCAUUGAAGCGGAGAAAGAAAAACUUCUUGGGAAAGCAUUUUGUGUGAGAAGGUGAACCUUAAGCUUCAAGAAAAAAAUUCCGAAGAAGUAUUCAAGAUUGGGUGAGAUAUUUGGUGAGUCAGCGUGUGUCAAGAAAAUAUUGCAAUCUACACCAUCAGCGGAGUCAUUAGAAAGACUGAUGUGGUCAUCGUAUUGACUAGCCGAAAGCAGUUUAUUUUCGACACAACCAGAGAAGAGGAAGAAAAAAAAUCAACAAGAGCGCGUAUGGAUAAAAACCCCUGUGAGCGAGAACGUCAAUUUAAUACCGAAGAUUUACGACUUUGAGUGUGUCUCAGCAGGGGCAAACGACAAGGCAAUUAUCAAGAUCUGUGAAAGUGAGAGGAAAUCUGAUUAAGAAAAAAACGAACCUCAAUGGAGAUUUAAAGGGAGUUAAAUAGAAAAAAAGGUAGACUCCUAAUCGGAAGUGUCAACAGAUUGGAGAACCAAGUCCAACAGUCAGUUGUGGUUCAAUUGGUUAGUAUAGUAUAAGGGAGUAGAAUUCUGGGGGAUGGUAGAUUUGGCCAGAGGGAGAAAGUCUAACAUUGGUGUGUCUAUAUAGUGUUCCUCACUUGUCUCAGCGUAUGUCUCGACUGUGAGGAGUAACUUCCGCUUUUCUGCGGUCAGACAAAUAUUCCCUCAAAUGUUCGCGCAGCAACCGUCACACGAAGAUAACUUUGCCCCGAGAGAAACGGGGAAAAAGAAGAGAUGAACGGCUGAGAGUGAGAAUAAGACCAAAACACACCGUCUGUAUGUUGUGAGCAAGCGAUUCACUUCACAGUUAUAAGAUGAGACUUGAGAGCAAAGUGCUGUGAGAAAGUGACUUCGGAAGAUGCCAAAGAGGAUGUCACAGAAAGUGCGUGAAAAGUGAACCAUCAACUCCCAACAUCAACGGUCUAUUUGUGCCGUUUUUCUCUUCGCCUUCUUCAUCAUCAUCUCCGCACAAUUCUUAGUGCGAAAGCCACGAAAUUGGGCGAGAAAAAAAAAGAGUGUGAUAGGUGAGAGAAGAGAACAACCACAAGGAAAAGCUUUUCUUCCUCUUUUCUUUUCUUUUUUUCUCAAAGAACGUGAGAGUUGAAGAGUGAAGAGAUAAGAACCUACAUCAAGACAAUAUCUGUGAGUGAUUUGGCUGUUCUGUGUGUGAAAUUGACUUUGAAUUUUGACGAAGACAAAAAAAAAAUAAAACUAAAACUACAAAGUGUUUGGAUAUUUGUUAAAUUAAGGAAAAAAAACACAAUUUCAAUUAAAUCAUGCAGCGACGAACUCUGGCGUCUCAGCAGAACAAAGAUGCUGCCGCUAAUAGAACAGCAGGAUCUGUGGCAAGUUCAACGGGCAGUAGUGUGUCAGGGGUACAAAUGAAGAAACCCCUUGGGCAGGAUGUGAAGAAGGUAGCCCAUGAGGAGGCAGCAAUGUCCGAAGAUGCAAGUUCAGGUGCCUCGUCGACACCCGGACGGAAUACACCGAGUCAAAAGAUGGAGGAUGAUGUGUAUGAAUUCAAGACAACGCCGAAAGAUUCAACAUCCGGUGGCAAUUCCUCUGAUGACGGUUCAACGGGAAAAAUUGAUUUGGGCAGUGGUGGAAAGCCCGGUGGUGGAGCUGAUAAAACGGCACCCGAAGAGAAAUCCUCCGGUGAGGAUCCUUCAGUUCCGGCACCUGGCUCUGCUGGUGCAACUGUGAGUGUUGCAUCCGUAGGUGGUGGUGCCGCGGCAACUUCAGGGAAUAUUCCAGGAGGUGGUCAGCAGAAGCGUCCGUAUCAGGAUAUGGAGGUGGCUGAUGAUGUUGGUGGUGAUGAUGAGACAAAGAGGAAGAAACGCAAAGAUUCGGAGACAUUGACUAAGGAAGCACCUCCGGGGAAGGCAGGUACCCCAGCUAGGAUGCCACAGAGACCGGAGAAGAGUACUAAACCACCUGGAGGUGUUCCAAAGUCAACUGCAACUGUCACAGCCACCAAACCAACAUCGAACAUUGAGCGAAAAAGCCCAUGUGCCAGUCCUAAGCCGCAAGUCCCACAAGUUGGAACAUCUAGCGGUGCUGCGGGGAUUGCAGCUGGCCUCCCGGGAGGGAAUACAGUGGCUGGGAAUGUUCCCGGAGGUACGGGAAAACCCCCAGCUGAGAGUGAUUCAGAGACAGGAGAUGAGGCGACUGCCAAAACACCGGGCAUUGGUGCGGAGACAUUUUCAGCUUCAGGACCAAAAGUACCUCCUCUGAAGAUUGUCAUUCCGCAGCAGAACUCAUCAGCUGACCAGGAGCCAGGUUUGAGGAAUGGGAAGAAUGCUUCAACGAGAAAUCAUCCUGCUUUGCCGUACGUUGUGGCAUCCAGCAAUAAUAGCAAUGAGGCUACGGAUAAGGAGAGUUCUUCACCACGAUGUGCAAGUCCCACUGAUGCUGCAGUGUCCGGAAGUGGGAAACCACCUUCGGGGGAGGAGAAGAAGACAUUCAGUGGUACAACCACGGCAUCAGCAGUGUCGGCGGGAGUUGCGGGGAAUUCAGCGGCGGCUGGAGGUACAACGUCCGCAAGUGGGGACGAUAGGGCUCAACCGAGAGUUCUCAGGAGUUCCCAUCGAACUGGAGGUGCUUCCGGGGGAUCAAGUGGACAAACAACAGAUCGUGGUAGCAAUAAUUCUUCGCCGCAAAUGCAAAAUAGUGCAUCCCCAUCACCAGCUCCACCGAGCACAACUUCAACGAUGGAAGCAGGAGGAAGCAGUACAUCCGGCGGUGCUACCGGAGGAGGUAGCAAUGCAGGAAGUGGCACCACAUCAACUACUGGGAAUUUAGCAAAUGGUGGUGGUGGUACGAAUAGUCCAACCAAUGCCAAUGCAUCAGUUUCCGGAAGUGCAUCGGAGACAGAUGGCGGUGGCAAUGCCCCAAGUCCAUCAUCAGCAACAUCAUCAACUUCCUCCUCCACCGUCCAAUCGCAGAAUACCGUCGAACUUCAUCCGAGAAAGCGAAAAAUUCGCGCAAGUAAGGAUGACAGCAAAACCGUCACAAAUUCAGGUGGAACCGGAGUUGUGGGUGGAAGUAGUGGUGCAGGGACAUCGGGAGAGCACCAGGAGAGUGUGUCAUCCACUGAGGUACAUCCACAUGAUCAACCCAUUACAAAUUGCUACCAGAUGUACCUCAAUAUACGCAAACAAAUUGAGCGGAGGCAGAAGAAUUUGUUUUUGGUUCAACCAAAACCACCGCAGGGCUUCAAAGACUACCUCAUGAAUCGCUGUACGUACGUCCUGGCGGGGAAGACAUCCACGGAGCCAACGAUAAAUUAUCCCGCUACAAUUCCGGGGGCGAUGAAAGAGCAAUUUGCGGGGCAGGAAAAGGAGCGGCAUAAGCUGAAGAUGCAGCAUGUUGUGGAGAAAGAGAAGCUGGUUCUGGCGGUUGAGCAGGAAAUUUUGCGGGUGCAUGGACGGGCUGCAAGAGCAUUGGCCAAUCAAUCACUACCAUUUUCUGUUUGUACAAUCCUCAAGGAUGAGGAGGUGUACAAUAUGCUGACACCGGAGCAAGAGGAGAAGGAUCGCAAUGCAAGAUCGCGCUACAAUGGCAGGCUCUUCUUGAGCUGGCUUCAAGAUGUCGAUGAUAAAUGGGAGAAAAUUAAGGUUUGUCUGCUUCCGGAUGAAAAGAAAAACUUCCGGAAACUUUUUGAAUUUAUUAAAUUUUCUUCCUUGAAUUUCCAGGAGGCGAUGCUCCUUCGGCACCACAACGAAGCUGAGAGUCUUCAUGCUGUUCAGAAGAUGGAAUGGGAGUCAAAGAUGAAGGAGCUUUCUCUGUGUGAGUUCAAUGCAAAGCCUGCCAUUGAGGAUUUGCACGUUCCAAUGGUGCACGUGAGUGAUGACUUUGACCUCUUGCCACCGUAAAGCAGCCAAAUUGUCACCUGCCCCACCUGACUGGAGAUCCUCAGUGUUAAAAACUUACUCAUAGGACUCAUAGUGUUAGUGAUUGUCUCUUUUUAGGAGUAAGAAUUUUCUUUUUCUUCUUUUUUUUACCCUCGCGACUCUCUUUUAGUUGGUAGAAGAAUUUUUUUUGUUUGCCUUUUAACCCCUUCCGGGAGAAAGUUUCUCUGGGUUAAGCUUUACGAUGACCUUUGAAUUUAAUCUUUUAAAUUUUUUUUUUUCAAAAUAAUUUCUAUUCUGGAAAUUUUUUUUCAACUACAUAUAGAGUUAUGUAAUAAAACAGAUAAAAAAAAUUAAA